UCUUGUGGUAUGUGUUAUAUAAAUCUUGUGGUAUGUUUUGGAAAUAUGGUUGUGACUUCUUCACAAACAACUCCACUAUUUUUUUCUUAACAUGUGUCCUGGAUUUUUACCAAGUGCUUAAUAUUAUUUUACAGUCUAGAAUAUAGCAAAAUAUUAUGUUUCAAGACGAAGAGUUUUCAGGGGCAUUAGCUGAACUUGAUAAACCACGACUGGAUGAUUACGAGUUUUUUGUGGAAUGUUUGGAUGUUAAAAUAUAUCGGAAAUUUAUCGAGGCGUCUGGUUUGUAUGAAUAUAAAGUAACUGGUUUCUUAGACUGUGAUACUGCAAUAUGUCAAGAAGUAUACAUGGAUCUGGAGUACAGAAAAAUAUGGGACUCCUACGUUAAAGAAUUGUAUGAAACGAAUAAAGAUGGUGUAAAUGUUAUAUAUUGGAAUGUUAAUUAUCCCUUUCCAAUGUCAAAUCGGGAUUACACUUACAUACGUGAAUGUCGUAGGAUUGAUCAAGGCGAUAAGCCAACAUGGGUGAUAUUAGCUAGAAGCCAUAAAGUAGACAGUAUUCCUGAUAAGCCCAAAGUUAUUCGAGUUAAUGAAUAUAAACAAUUUCUUAUUAUACAGAAAGAUGAAGAAAAAAAGACUAGAGCGUUUAUGCAUUAUUACGACAAUCCUGGAGGUUCCAUACCGACAUGGCUGAUUAACUGGGCUGCAAAAUAUUUUAUAUUUUAGAAAGGAGUUCCGGCAUUUCUGACUGAUAUGAAGAAAGCUUGUUUAGGGUAUAGCGACUACUUGGCGAAGAAUUCUUAAAAAUGCAAAUGCGAAAAAUUCGCGAAAUAAUACUGGUGUAACAUACACCAGUUUUUAAAAAACUUAGUUUUUUAGUAAUUUUGACAUGUUGGCACUUUUAGAUAAUUUUGCUAUUAGGAAUAAUGUUUUAUAGAUUUAAAAAUUUACAUACGUAUAUAUUUUAAUUAAUUAUGUCAAUUAAAGGGUGGUUCAUGAUACACCAUAUUUUCUCUUAAACAGCACAUCGUUAUUCAAUCAUUGCACAUUUAUACGAGGCGGUUAACAGGGGCGUCGGGCGGAUACUUAUUAACAGAAAAUGUUAACCUCAAUGUUGAUUUAUUUAUGAACCAUGUCGCUAUACUAACUUUUAUUGUAACAAAAGUCGCAGUGUUUUAUGAAAGAGUUGUGUUUAUUAGAAAAGGAGGCGUUAUGAAAAGGGGAUGUAAUGUAAAAUCGAAUAAACUUCUCUUAUUUUGUCGUUUUUUUGGCACUUCACUUGCAAGUAGCAAUAAACAAACCAAAGCUGUGACGUGUUUUGCCUAGCUUCAAUUUUUAGGGCAUCGUUGUUGUCGUCGCCGUUGUUGUCGUUUUGUUGUUGUCGUCAUCGUUGUUGCUGUCGUCAGUUUCGUUAUUGUCUUCGGUGUCGUUGUUGUUGUUGUAGGAAUUGUAUGGUAGUUGUUUUGAUUUUAUAAAACAUAAAAAUACCCAAUUCUUAUUAAUAAUAACGAACUUACGUGAGUCUAAAUUAUUGACACGAUAUUGUUCAACUACUAUAAAAAAUUGUUUUAAUUUGAAUAUUUACUUUGAGUUUUAAGUCACGUGGUAUUGAAUAUUUUUUCAUUUUUUAUUUAAUGUAAAUUUUAUAUGUAUCAAUAUUUAUAAAAAUAAAUUUAAGAAUAAUUAAUUAGUUAAUGUAUGAGUGUUUUUUUUUAUCUCCAUGGUAAUGUUUUAUGAAGAAGAACUUUUUCUGUGUGCUUUUCUAAAGCACUAAACAGGGGGUUGUGUAAACUGUUAAACAACUGACCAUAUAAUGACGAUAUCGUCCAUAUAAAAAAAUUGUUGAAAAUUAGAUUCUUGUAAAACAUUAUUCUGCACUGAAAUAGUUUUUUUGUUAUCCAACUUUGUUCCCAAGUUUUUUUUCUGUCUUUGGUAAACGGAGGUCCCAUCUGGUCCUUUGAUAUACCAUGUUAUCAAGAGAAGACCUGGAAACAAGGUUAGUUUCUGGUAAAAAAUUUAAAUAAACUGAACCUUAUUGACA